AUGGCUUCCAGAUCAGAGAAGGAUCUCUGCAGUCUGCACUCUGAGAAACUCAAACUCUUCUGUCUGGACCAUCAGCAGCCAAUAUGUCUCGUCUGCAGAGAUUCAGCAAAACACACCAACCACACAAUCAGACCCAUCGAUGAAGCUGCACCAGAACACAAGAAGGAACUUGAGGAAACUCUGAAGCCCUUAAAGGAGAAGUUAAAGGUUUGUGAAGAAGUUAAAGUGAAGUUUGAUCAAACAGCAGAACACAUUAAGGUCCAGGCCCAACACACAGAGAGGCAGAUUAAGGAGCAGUUUAAGAAGCUUCACCAGUUUCUAGAAGAGGAAGAGGAGGCCAGGAUGGCUGCUCUGAGGGAGGAAGAGGAGCAGAAGAGUCAGAUGAUGAAGGAGAAGAUGGAGGCUCUGAGCAGAGAGAUAGCAGCUCUUUCACACACAGUCAGAGCCACAGAGGAGGAGCUGAGAGCUGAAGACGUCUCAUUCCUGAACAACUACAAGGCUGCAGUGGAAAGAGUCCAGCGCUGCCCCCUGCUGGAUGAUCCACAGCUGCCCUCAGGAGCUCUGAUAGACCAGGCCAAACACCUGGGCAACCUGGCCUUCAACAUCUGGAACAACAUGAAGGAGAUGGUCUCCCACACUCCUGUCAUUCUGGAUCCAAACACUGCUGGUCUACAUCUCAUCCUGUCUGAAGAUCUGACCAGUGUGAGAGGAGGAGAGAAACAGCAGCUUCCUGAUAAUCCAGAGAGAUUUGAUGCCUACUCUGUCCUGGGCUCCGAGGGCUUUAAUUCAGGGACUCACAGCUGGGAUGUCGAGGUUGGAGACAAUACAUUGUGGGAACUGGGUGUGUCAUCAGAGUCUGUUCAGAGGAAGGGAGAAAUACAGUCUGGAUUAUGGACAAUAGGGUUCUAUGAUGAUAAAUUGUCAGCAUGGUCACCACCAUCUUCCCGCACUUUUCUCUCAGUGAAGAAGAAGCUCCAGAGGAUCAGAGUGAAUCUGGACUGGAACAGAGGAAAUCUGUCGUUCUCUGAUCCUGAUACUAACACACACAUACUCACCUUCAAACACACUUUCACUGACACACUGUUUCCAUACAUUUACACUUUACAAAAAUUCCCACUGACCUUUACUCCACUGAAGGUCUCUGUGACUAAACAACAGGUCUGA